UUUUCUUUGAAGUGCAUCUUUUAUUAAACAAUAAAUAUUUUUCAUAAAUAUACAUCGCAAUUCAUGAAGAUCUUCAAGCCAUGGUAAAGAUUACUGAGGCAUUGGUGCGCAAGAAAUCCGAGCAUAAUGAGUGUCUCAUCAGUACAUUGGAAGAACUCUCCUUGCAUCAAGAGGACAUUGAACGAAUCGAACAUCUGCAAAACUGGUGUCGGGAUUUGAAAAUUUUGUUGCUACAAUCAAAUCUCAUUUCCAAAAUAGAGAAUUUGCACAAAUUGAAAAAAUUGGAAUAUUUGAACUUGGCCAUUAAUAAUAUCGAGCGUGUGGAAAAUCUGGAGCAGCUCGAGUCGCUAACCAAAUUAGACUUAACUUUAAAUUUCAUUGGCGAAUUAACUUCCAUCGAAUGCUUGAAAGGAAAUUAUAAUCUACGCGAAUUAAUACUCAUUGGAAAUCCCUGCUGUGAUUACCCGCACUACAGAGAUUAUGUAACGGGUACGCUGCCACAGCUGAAUAGCCUGGAUUGUGAAGAAAUCAAAAUGUCACAAAAGUUACAGGCGCAAAAGACAUUGAGUAGCCAUCGUGCUGUUAUUGUACAAAAACAAGCAAACUAUUUCAUUGAGCGAGAUGAGCAAAAGCUGCGAGUGGCACAUAAAAAGACAGAACUGGAAGCUGAAAUGGCGGAAGUCGAUGAUGAAGAUAGUCGCAUCAAGAUGUUCUGGGAUGCUAAAAGUGAGCAUUGUCCCGAGACACGCACGGAUAUAGCAAAGUAUCACAAGCUCGGCAGGGAGAAGAGGAACACCGAGCAGCAUGAUAAGAAAAUGCAUAGAACGCCAGCACUAUUUGCACCAUGCGGACGACCGUAUAAUUUGAAUCAAGCGAAAUUACCAUUCCAUUUGAGCGACGAGUACAAUGAAUACAUGUUGCAGCUAGGUAUAUACAAACACUUGGAUACAUCACAAAUCAAAGUGGACAUCGAGCCGAAUUAUGUGCGAGUUUCUGUGAAAGGGAAACUUUUCCAAAUGUCCUUUUCGGACGAGAUUAAAACAACCGAAGCUAGCGUACAACGUUCGCAAAUAACCGGUUAUUUGCUUAUAAAAAUGCCGAAAUUGCAUGUCAACGAAAUGAUCAUUGUGCGAUCAAGGCAACAAGGAAAUGACGUUAAUUAUUCAAGCAGUAAUAAAGGAAAAGGCAAAUCGGAUUUAAAGGGAACUGUGGACAUAAAAACUAUUUGCAACAAUGAAGAUGUGGAUGUUCCCGAAUUAAUUGAUUAGUUUUUGUUUGUUCUCACCAAUGAUGACAACUUCCACUUAGUAAAUAAAAAAAUAUUCGCAUAUUUUUUCUUAAAUAAAAAUCGCAUUGGUUUUAUUUCUUGAAAGGGUAGUAUGUACUCGUUUCUAUGUACGUAUUGUAUGUAUGUAUGUAU